UCUUGCUGCAAACUGAUAAAAGGCAAAAAGUAGAGAAUGCUCAUUCUUCUCUCUCUCUAAACACCAUUAUCAUUAUAUAAGUGCACAGUGAAAUUCACACACAAUAUUGUACAGUAUAGUUUUUGUUUACAAUUAAAAGUCAGCGCCAAGAAAAUAAAUCAGACCAUUUCUUUCCUAGUACAUACAUACGCAGUGAUCUGAUGGAUGAUGACUGGGAUCUCCACGCCGUGGUGAGAGGCUGCGCCGCCAGCUCGACAACCGCUACAGUUUCCACCACCGCCGCCGCCGAUGACCCUUUUCCACCUUUCCAUGACAACGGCCAAAACCCCUUCGAUUUUUCUGUGGAUGUCAGAAACGAUCCUUUCCAAGGUUUGCGAGAAAUCUACCAAGAAUUCUGCGGCGAGGAUCAGCCGCCAACCUCCGCCAGCGUAAUGCCCUCUCCGCCGCCGCCGCGUCAAGAUUUCAUGCAGUUCAAGCCGCCGCCGCCGCUCCGAUUGAAUAUGCCAAUUCAUGAAAAUGUACGGUUUCACAUAGGCUCUUCCCAUCAAAACUAUCCCGCCGCGAUUCCGCCGCCGGUUCGGCCGCGGAGAAGGAAAAACCAGCAGAUGAAAAUGGUGCGUCAAAUGACACAAGAAGAGCUCUCUGCGGAUUCAUGGGCGUGGCGAAAAUACGGCCAAAAACCCAUCAAAGGUUCUCCAUAUCCGAGAAACUACUACCGGUGCAGCACAUCGAAAGGCUGCGCCGCGAGAAAGCAGGUGGAGCGGAGCCCGAACGAUCCGGAGAUCUUCGUGGUCUCGUACUCGGGCGAGCACACGCACCCGCGCCCGACCCACCGGAGCUCGCUCGCCGGAAGCACCCGCGCCAAGCUGUCUUCUCCGCGGCCUAAACCGGGCGGCGGAAAUGGCACGCUUUUAUCUCAAAAGGGCCCGAUGUCGGCUUCUUCCUCCUCGUCGCCGGCCACUCCCUCCGUGGAAGGCGAAGGUGUGGCGCAGAGCGAAGACGUGAAGAUAGGCGAGGGGGAAGACGACGACGAGAAUAUAAUCAUGAUCCCGAGCGAUAUGAUGAACGAUGAUGACGACAUGUUCAGUGGAUUUCAAGAUUCCGAUGGUCACUCCAGCGGCGGCGCCGGGGACUUGUUUUCCCCUGGUUUGAUGUCUUCACCGCCGUGGACGCCCACCGGAUCCGCCGCCACAUUCAACGCCGGUGGCGGAGGAAGUCAUUGAUCUUUCUAGACACAUUGACAGGAAUCAAGGACAAGGAAUAUCUAUCUUCCAUAAACUAUUAUUUUCUUCUAAUUUGUACCUUAGCAUUAAACAUCUGUUUCUAAUUUGUAUAUUGAGUUUAUUUUGGA